AUGAAUUUAGAUGCAAACACCAACGUGACACAGCAUCAAAUUACGAAUAGUAUCGUCUUAAACUUGAUUGUCAAUAUGGGUUUACCAUUAGCAAUUUUGAACAAUGUCUCUUUUAGAACGUUCAUGAAUGAUAUUGAUCCACGUUAUCAACCUGUCUGUAGACGUGAUGUUACUCGAUCUAUUCUACCAGAUUUAGAAAAACGAUGUGUAUCGAAAUUAAAAGAAAUAUGGGCUAAAGCACCAUACAUUAGUUUAACUCUUGACUGCUGGUCAGAUCGUCGUAUGCGAACAUAUUUCGGUAUCACUUUGCAUACAAUAGUCGAUGAUAAAUACAAAUCAUAUUUUCUUUCAUUCGAAACAUUACAUGGAAAGCAUUCCGGAGAAAAGCUGGCGGCUGAAUUUGAUCGAUCAUUCAAACUUAUGACUUAA